CCCCCAAAAAAAAAAAAAAAGUUGAAAAAAAAAAAAACAAUACAUCAAUUUCCAUUUCUCUAAAUUCCAUCCGAGUUCCCAACACGCCACACAAUGCAGUCUCUUCUUCCGCCCUCACCAAACAAUCUCACGAGCCCCGCAUUCCGCCUCGCCCGCCUCGCCCCCACCCGACUCCCCGUCUUUAAAUGCGCCUACCGCUCCGACUCCGUCCACUUCCCCAACGGUGUCGGCUCCAGUCGCGCCGACUGGCAGAGCUCCUGCGCCAUUCUUGCCAGCAACGUCGUCUCCCAGCAACCCCAUACCCCCUCCGACAAAUCCGGAACCGCUGACCAUGUCGCCUCGGUCAACGGCCACAAGACCUCCGUUGACCUCGAUAUUGUCCCCAUCGAAAAGCUCGAAGACGACAAGUCGUCUUCGCCGCCUCCGCCUCCCAGGGCGCUCACCAUCACCGACUACUCUCCAGCUCCUAUGCACGGCUCCCAGCUGCGCGUGGCCUACCAAGGCGUCCCCGGCGCGUACUCCGAAGCCGCCGCCGGCAAAGCCUAUCCGAAAUGCGAGGCCAUCCCCUGUGAUCAAUUCGAAGUCGCCUUCCAGGCCGUCGAGCUCUGGAUCGCCGAUCGAGCAGUUUUGCCUGUCGAAAACUCCCUCGGCGGCUCAAUUCACCGUAAUUACGAUCUCCUUCUCCGCCACCGCCUCCACAUCGUUGGGGAAGUCCAGCUCCCGGUCCACCACUGCCUCUUAGCCCUCCCCGGAGUCCGAAAAGAGUACUUGAACCGAGUCAUCUCGCAUCCCCAAGCCUUAGCUCAAUGCGAGCUGACUCUCACCAAACUCGGCCUCAACGUCGCCCGAGAGGCCGUCGACGACACCGCAGGCGCGGCCGAGUUCGUCGCCGCCAACAACCUCCGGGACACGGCAGCGAUAGCCUCCGCGCGAGCCGCCGAGCUCUACGGCAUGGAGAUCUUGGAGAAUGGGAUCCAGGAUGACUCGAGCAACGUGACACGCUUCGUGAUGCUGGCCCGGGAGCCGAUCAUCCCCCGUACGGACCGGCCGUUCAAGACGAGCAUCGUCUUCGCACACGACAAGGGGACGUCGGUGCUGUUCAAGGUCCUAUCGGCGUUCGCGUUCCGGAACAUCAGCCUGACGAAGAUAGAGUCGCGGCCGCACCGGAACCGUCCGAUCAGGCUGGUGAGCGAUUCGAACGAGGGGACGGCGAAGCACUUCGAGUACCUGUUCUACGUGGACUUCGAGGCAUCGAUGGCGGAGGUCAGGGCACAGAACGCGCUGGCGGAGGUGCAGGAGUUCACGUCCUUCUUAAGGGUCCUGGGAAGCUACCCCAUGGACAUGACUCCUUGGAGUCCUUCCAGGGGGGGUGAUUAGUGCAAUUAUUUGAUUCCUGAGGCCCCGAAAUUGUAAAAUUAUUACCACAAAGAACAAGGACUUGGGAGAAAAUUUGAUGUUUUUCGAUUUUCUCUCUCAUUCGCUUA